AUGAAGCUCGCUCACAAAUUGAGAAAACUCUUCAUCUCCGGAAAAUCCCGGUCAUUCUCUUCCCGCACGACGUCGUUCUCCUCCUCCUCCUCCGACGGCGGCGACUGCUCCAAAAACCCCAACGGCGGGUCAACGCCGACGAGCGUCCUCCCGGAGAUUCCCGCCGGCGUGUACGCCGAGCUGAGGCAGGCGUUCGAGAUGAUCGACCGGGACGGCGACGGGAAAGUGGCCAAGGAGGAGCUUGCGCGGCUGCUUUGCAGGCUCAGCGGCGGCGGCGACGGGCCGCCGGACCGGGAGGAUGAGCUUAGGUCGGUCCUGGACGAGGUGGACAGGGACGGUGACGGCUGCGUCAGCUUGGAGGAGUUCUGCGCGUUCGUGUCGGCCUUCGCGCCGUCGACCGCCGGGGACAGCGAGCUCAGGGAGGUGUUUGGGUUCUUCGACUCCGAUCGGGAUGGGAGGAUCACGGCGGAGGAGCUGCUCCGCGUGUUCGCGACGAUCGGGGACGCGCGGUGCACGUUAGAGGACUGCCGGCGCAUGAUAAGCGGGGCGGAUAGGAACGGGGACGGGUUCGUGUGCUUCGAGGACUUCAGUCUAAUGAUGGAGGUGCAACAUAGAUGA